AGCGUGAGCUGCUGCGGGUCUGAGGGAGUCAGUGUUGAUGGUGGUGUGGGCUGCUGAAACGCCAUUCCGGGACUCCUUCCUUGCCUUUGCCCUGAACCAGCUCCAGGUGUAAGAGAAGAUGAAGACCGUGCUCAUGGUUGCAGAAAAGCCAUCCCUGGCCCAGUCCAUCGCCAAAAUCCUCUCUCGAGGGAACAUGUCCUCACACAAAGGGCUGAAUGGGACGUGCUCGGUGCACGAGUACACAGGGACCUUCGCCGGCCAGCAGGUCCGCUUCAAGAUGACGUCUGUCUGCGGUCAUGUGAUGACCCUGGAUUUCCUGGGCAAGUACAACAAAUGGGACAAAGUGGACCCCGCAGAGCUGUUCAGUCAAGCCCCCACAGAGAAGAAGGAAGCUAACCCCAAGCUGAACAUGGUGAAGUUCCUGCAGGUGGAGGGCAAAGGCUGCGACUACAUCGUGCUGUGGCUGGACUGCGACAAGGAAGGGGAGAACAUCUGCUUCGAGGUCCUGGAUGCCGUGCUGCCCGUCAUGAAUCCCGCCCACGGGGGUGACAAGACAGUGUUCCGGGCCAGAUUCAGCUCCAUCACAGACACGGACAUCUGCAAUGCCAUGGCCCGCCUGGGCGAGCCUGACCACAACGAGGCGCUGUCCGUGGAUGCCCGGCAGGAGCUGGACCUGCGCAUCGGCUGUGCCUUCACCAGGUUUCAGACUAAGUACUUUCAGGGGAAGUAUGGCGAUUUAGACAGCUCCCUCAUCUCCUUCGGGCCAUGUCAAACCCCUACCCUGGGGUUCUGCGUGGAGAGACAUGACAGAAUCCAGUCCUUCAAACCAGAGACCUACUGGGUGCUGCAGGCCAAGGUUAACGCUGAUAAAGACAGAUCCCUCCUUUUGGACUGGGACCGAGUGCGGGUGUUUGAUCGGGAGAUCGCGCAGAUGUUUUUAAACAUGACCAAGCUGGAGAAGGAAGCCCAGGUCGAAGCCACAAGCAAGAAGGAGAAGGCCAAGCAGAGGCCCCUGGCCCUGAACACUGUGGAGAUGCUGCGUGUGGCCAGCUCUUCCCUGGGCAUGGGGCCACAGCACGCCAUGCAGACUGCUGAGCGGCUCUACACCCAAGGCUACAUCAGCUACCCACGAACUGAGACCACCCACUACCCCGAGAACUUUGACCUGAAGGGCCCUCUCCGGCAGCAGGCCAACCAUCCCUACUGGGCCGACACGGUGAAGCGGUUAUUAGCAGAAGGUAUCAACCGCCCCCGGAAAGGUCACGAUGCUGGUGACCAUCCCCCCAUCACCCCCAUGAGGUCUGCCACCGAGGCUGAAUUAGGGAGCGAGCCUUGGCGGCUCUAUGAGUACAUCACCAGGCACUUCAUUGCCACGGUUAGCUAUGACUGCAAGUACCUCCAGAACACCAUUUCCUUCAGGAUCGGGCCCGAGCACUUCACCUGCACGGUGAAGACCGUCAUCUCACCAGGCUUCACGGAGAUCAUGCCCUGGCAGAGCGUGCCCCUGGAGGAGAGCCUGCCCCCUUGCCAGCGGGGCGACACCUUCCCUGUGGCCGAGGUGAAGUUGCUGGAGAAGCAGACGAGCCCACCCGACUACCUGACGGAGGCCGAGCUCAUCACCCUCAUGGAGAAGCAUGGCAUCGGGACGGACGCCAGCAUCCCCGUGCACAUCAACAACAUCUGCCAGCGCAACUAUGUGGUCGUGGAGAGUGGGCGUCGGCUCAAGCCCACCAACCUCGGCAUUGUCCUGGUGCACGGCUACUAUAAGAUCGCUGGAGCAACCAGGACCCCUUGGUGGGAACGCUCACAGUGGCGCCCCUCACCUGCAGAUGCAGAGCUGGUGCUCCCCACCAUCCGCAGUGCCGUGGAGAAGCAGCUGAACCUGAUCGCCCAGGGCAAGGCUGACUACCGCCAGGUCCUGGGCCACACCCUAGACGUCUUCAAGAGGAAGUUCCACUACUUUGUUGACUCCAUUGCAGGCAUGGAUGAGCUGAUGGAGGUGUCCUUUUCACCUCUGGCAGCCACAGGCAAGCCCCUGUCCCGCUGCGGGAAGUGCCACCGGUUCAUGAAGUACAUCCAGGCCAAGCCGAGUCGCCUGCACUGCUCCCACUGCGACGAGACCUACACCCUCCCCCAGAACGGCACCAUCAAGCUCUACAAGGAGCUCCGGUGCCCGCUGGACGACUUCGAGCUGGUUCUGUGGUCAUCGGGCUCUCGGGGCAAAAGCUACCCGCUAUGCCCCUAUUGCUACAACCACCCGCCCUUCCGGGACAUGAAGAAAGGCAUGGGCUGCAAUGAAUGCACGCACCCCACCUGCCAGCACUCGCUGAGCAUGCUGGGCAUCGGCCAGUGCGUGGAGUGCGAGAAUGGUGUGCUGGUGCUGGACCCCACCUCGGGCCCCAAGUGGAAGGUGGCCUGCAACAAAUGCAACGUGGUGGCGCACUGCUUCGAGAACGCCCACCGCGUGCGGGUGUCCUCCGAGACCUGCGGCUCCUGUGAGGCCGCCCUGCUCGACGUGGACUUCAACAAGGCCAAGUCCCCUCUCCUGGGCGAUGAGACGCAGCACGUGGGCUGUGUCUUCUGCGACCCUGUCUUCCAGGAGCUGGUGGAGCUGAGGCACGCGGCCUCCUGCCACCCCAUGCACCGAGGUGGGCCAGGGAGGAGGCAAGGCCGAGGGCGGGGCCGGGGCCGGCGGCCUGCCGGGAAGCCCAGUGCCAGGCGACCAAAGGACAAGAUGUCAGCCCUGGCUGCCUACUUCGUAUGAUGACCCGUCAUUCCUCACCCAGGCUCCAGACGGUUGUCUUUUGGGCCACAGAUCAUUAAAAUGCAUUGUGUCGUCUCCAGAG